UCAUUCACCUGCCACGCGGAUGGGGCGGCAUUUUGGAAUCUUAACUCAAUUACAAAGAUUUAAGUCUGCAUAUUCAAUUUAACUCGCUUUAUUGUGUAACGUCGAUCGAUACGAAACCUCAGGAUUUUGAACUAAGGCCUUUAAAAUAAAUCUUCGUUACAUUUAAAUUGAGAGCCGAUGCUAAACAGCCAGCCUCAUGUCGUAUGCUAUCUUUAAAUUUAGAGGUUACGUUGGAUAUUAAGGAGGAGAACAUGCGAUGGAUUUAAACGGAUUUCGUGUAGGACUAGCGAUCAUAUUCACAUGUCUCUGUGCUCGCGUGUCCGCCGUGCACUGCUGCGCAGGUAACAACGGGACAACCAGUCUGCUGGGAGUUCAGAUACAUGAGUGCACACGCCAAGAGGCGGACUCUGGAAUACACGUAAAUAUCUCAUGCCCUCACAGGCACGUUUUGGUCGACAUCGUUAUCAGCGUGGGUAUCUCGGAACGAAAGUGUGUCGGCACGUCUUUGGAACUCAUUGCGUUGGUCAACAACGAGUGCUACUGGCAACAAAGCUGCAAAGUGACGCUUCCAAGGAAACCGAUAGUUUGCAAUAAGCAGAACACCAUUUACAAUUGCCCUUGCUUACAAUUGCCCUUGCUUGCACCAGAUAUGAUUAGAGUUGACCGCGCUAAAUGUGCACCAAGUAAAUACGUUAAAGACUUAGCGUGCGAACAGAGAGGCCGCCAUCGCAACAAGAAACGCAAAGCAAAAAAGGCGGCAAGACGAAAACAAUACGACAAAAGUACAAAUGCCGGCAUCAUUCGAAGCCACCAGGAGUACCCGUGGGAUUAUAAGAGGGUAAAAAAAGGCACAGUUUGCAGUUUUAACAUUGAGCACAAGAAACAGGCAGUUGUUAUGGAAACGGUAGUGCAAAGUAUUUGUGAGUUUGACAAACUCAGUGUCAUCCGUCAUUCAGACAGUGGCAAGAAUAUUAAUCAAGAGGUUAUCGACAACAUCAAAAUCAUGAUAAACGAGACGGACAGCGGUAAAGUGAAGUUUUCAUUCAAGAGAAGGAGCGCCGAAGGGUGCGGAGGAUUUAUCAUUUGUUACAAAGUAACCGACUCUAUUCGGCGACAAGACGUGUGUGAAGAACUAAUGGUGAUGGACGCAACACUGAAUAUAACUUCUAGUAUUUCUGAAUACAUCGAAUAUUGCACGGAUAACGUGACAGACGCGUGCUGUGGUGAGACUUCAUGUGGUGGCUUCUCCAAAUGCGACUUUAAAUAAAAAUGAGCCGUGCUCUGGGAAACCGGGGCUUAAUGCUUGUGCGCAAAGCGUCCUCUCAGAUUAGUCCGUGCAGUCCGCACAGGCUCAUCAGGGACUACACUGUCAGCUUUUUAGGUAUUUUUGGUUUCAGGAAAACUCUUCAAACGAAAAUCUAGUCUACGCGGAAAGCGUCGUCCCUGAUCAGCCUGUGGUGACUGCACAGGCUAAUCUGGAAGGUCUAGUAAGUGUCUAGUAACACUUUUCGCAUAUGCAUAGAACCCCGUUUUCUCAGAGCGAGGUUCAAAUGGACCCUCAGUUUAAAGUACAAUCGUGGUCAGACAUUAUCAGUGUGAUUUGUGAAUUUGAAGCCUCAUGAACCUUAAUUACCUUUUUAAGUUUAAGUCACAAUUAAUUCAAUAUCGCUGUAUUGUUUGCUCAUACAUCAUUAGCCAUACUAGUAGUCCAGUGCCCGUUAAUGCAAAUAUCAACAGUUCAUCAAGUUUAUGUUGAUGGCAUAUCAUUUGAUUAAUUUCAAUUAGUCAUUUUAAUUAUUGAAACUUUAAGUUCCCCAAAAGUUUUUCCGCAUGUGAUUACAGCUUUCCAUACUGUCCGUCCAACAGUCCGUCCAAAUCUGGAUCCUUCGAGAACUAAACAAUAUCCCUCAGCUAGGUUGAUGAAGCUCGGUUUAUGAACAGAGGGCCAUGAGGGAAAUAUGCAUGUAAUUUCAGUUUGUUUAUCGGACGAUUGAGAUCGCUAUGGUGUCAGAAAUAUUCAUAUUUAUGACAGUGCAAACAUACUUAUGUUAUAGAUUUCAUUACUACAAAUUUUCAACAUUAGAUGUAUUGUUUGUA